CUGUGCCAUGUUUAUCGUCUGCUUGCUCUCUCAGUAGUGCAAAUGGAGUAAGAAUGAGUGAGUGUCGGGGAACGGGCGCUGGUGGAAUUUACGCAGCAAAAUGGGCGACCGAGCCAGGAGCCUCACCAUUGACGGCGUGCGGCUGAUCAAGGACCUAAAGGUGGUGGAGCUGAAGGCGGAGCUGGAGCGUCGGGGGCUGACCAAGUCCGGCAGCAAGAAGGAGCUGGUGGAACGUUUGCGUAGUAGUGUACAGUUUGAGAACACAAAAUCAAAGGCAACAGCUGCUGUUAAUGAAGAGGAUGUCCCUAAUAGAUGGCUACAAAAUGAGCCCAACUUAGAUAACAACGAUUACAUCCGAGAAUACUUCCAGUCCCAGAAGGCACUUUACCGUCAACAGAUAGAAGUUAGAAGACAGUAUAGAGAAACUGCAACUACUACAGUUCCUGGGACCUCUCAGCUUGUCAGUGGUUCAACCACUGACGCUUAUCAGCCAUCAACUCCACUACCACCAGAACCACAUCCCACACAGCCCACACAGGUGACCGAGGCCAAGGUUAGUAGCAAAGGAAACAUUAAUCUCGAAGUGAACCGUGAAAACAUUGGUUUGGGUGUAGUCACGACCACCAAGGCCAGUGUAGUUCCCAUCAGCAGCUGCAAUAUCACUACUUCAGUUGCCAGUACAAUCUCUACUAUUACCAAGUCUUCAGCAACUGCUGCUUAUCCCGAUACAAAGAAAUUCAUCACAUCUAAGGUUGCAGCUUUUUCUGCUACAACCAAACUUCCCAACCCAGGGUACACUGCUGCCCCAAAGGCCCUUGAAGGUUUCAGCAACCCAGCAUCUACAACUUUAACAACCCCAUCACAAACCAUCCAUCCUGAUAGUGCCAGGGAGCAAGUAAGAAAGUUCAAGACUGAAGCACCACCACUACCAGAGUCUCCCUCUACCUCUAACUGCAGCAGGCCCAGCAGGAGCUCUGCCCGUGCUGCUCGAGUCCUAAGUCGAGUGUCCCUUGAAGAUUCAGAGGAGGAUAACUCAGAGGAGGAGGACCACCAUCACCGCCCUCAACCACCACGCAGGUCCCGCAAACGCUCGGUCCGACAUAUCCCAGCCUAUCACGAGAGUUCUGAUAACCACCCAGGCCACACCUCAAGUGAAACUGUUUCCCCUGAUCUUAAAGACCGUGUACCAUCACUUAAGAUUAAAUUGCCGGAUGCUGUGCCUAAUAUCACUGAUGAAUUACCAAAGAGAAAAGAAGACAGUUCUAGUGCAAAGAGAGAAUCUAGCCAUUCAACUGAUAUCAGAGUCAGUGUUGCAAACCAAGCUCUGAGUAGAAAACAUUUAAUUGAACCAGUGAAGGAAGUGUGUGCUCCUGAGAUUUCCACAUCUUUGAGAGUACCAGUGACUUCAGUUGUCAGUGGUGAUACUUCUGAUGGAAGAUUGUCUUUGAAAGUCAUUCCACCUGUCUCUCCUCACGGAAAGACAAAAGAAAGGGAGCAAAAGUAUCCUAGUGAAGACACUUCUGUGACAGCUUUAAGUGCAGAAUUACAACCUGUUGUGUCAUUGAAAAGAAUACAGCAAGGUGGUGAACAGACUGUUUUGAAAUCAACUGGAAAAUCAGAUGUCGUAACUAAGUCUUCUCAUAUUAACAGUCAGAGUAAGUGUAUAAAUUCAAAUGCACCCAAUAUAGACAUACUUGAACAACAAGAAAAGGAGAAAGUAAAAGAACCUGAAAAUAAGGAAAAGUUAUCUUCUGUAACACUACAACAACAGAAACACAAAGUUGCCAAAUCAGCACCAGUAAGUGAAGCAUCUGCUAAAGUUGAGAGUGCUAAAGACUCCUUACCUAUCAUUGAAACACAUCCUGUAGUGCACAAGGCAAGUGACAUUAAGAAGGCUUCUGAAAGUUUAUCAAUAAAGGAUGAAUGUGAUCAGUAUAGUGGUGGUACAGCAAUACAAAGUAUAAAGAAAGUUGAAAAGGCAAAGAAGCCAGAUUAUAGCACUGUAGAAGUCACAAAACAGUUGUCCAAUUUGGUUUCAAGAGAAGGGAAUGAAUCCAAGUUACCAAGUUCUGUGACUAUAAGCAAGCUUGAUAACUUAACUGUCCCAGAAGUUUCAGGGAAGAAAACUGAUGGAGAAUCCAGAGAUCUGUUGAAAACUAAUGAAAUAAAAAGUUUGGAUGAUAUAAGAAAAGCCCUUUCCAGUGACACUCUUUCAAUUGAAGUUGUUAAUGUUCACAAAGGUGAAACAACCAGAAAAGAUUGUUUGGAAGUUGAAGAAACCUCAGCAAAAACCUCAGAAUCUUUAUCACAUACAUUAGUAGGUCCUGCCCCAAAGGUUCCAUUAGCACAUGGUCCUGUGAAAGCUAAGAUUUGGGAGAAGUUACUUGACACUGCACAGAAAAAGGGAGACCCAGUGAAAGACUCUAAACAAGGAUCUAAGGAUUCAUCACCAAAAAGUGACAUUGAUCAAUCAGAAAGACCAGAAUCUCACAAACAGAGAAGAGAAAGUUUAAAAGAAGUUGAAAAGGAAUCAGCACAGAGGUCUGACAGUAAUUUAAGUUGUGUUUCAUCUGAAAAUCAGGAAAAUAUUAUCAAGAAGCUUGUUAUUACAAAAGUUUCAGAUUAUGAGCCAAGAUCUCAUUCUAUCACCAGUCUUCUUUCCACAAGUAAUAAAGAUAGAGAAAGAGAAAGAGGAGGCAUAAAAGAAAUAAGACUACAGCUUGGAGAAGAAAGUGGAACAGAAGAGUUGCAGAAAAGUCAUAAUUUGUCAAGUUAUACUCCACCCUUACUAUUGAGUACAUUAUGUGGUGGUAAAGAAUCUAACCUAAGUGUACAAUCAGAAAUUGCACAGCAAAGUAGGGAUCUUACACCCAGCUGUAAUAUUAAAACCCCUUCAGUUUUUGCAAGUGAAACUGAAUCUGAAACCCAAAAAUUACCACAUUCACAGCCAGAAAAGACUGCUAUUCAUGGUGUUGAGAAAGUCAUCCAAGAGCAGUCUCCUGUGGAUACAAGUUUAGAUACUACUAAACAUUCAGAUUUUGUGGACACUACUCUUUUAUCAGUUCAACCUAGUGCAAAGAAUACACUACAUACUGUUAAGAGUCUUUUGCCUAAAAGCAAGAUUACUGUAGAAGAGACAAAAUUACCAAGUUCUGUUGCAGAGCAAAACUUCCCACAUAAGACCGAAGGCAUUCAUACACAAGUCUUAGAAAGCAAAUGCACUGAAAGUGAAAUAUUGAGCAGCAAAUCAGAAAUAGGACCAAAUAUUCCUGACAACUCAAAACAGAUUAGUAUUUUGACAUCACCUCAAAUCAGUAAAUCAAAAGGGAAGACACAAACCUCUUUGCCAGCUGUUGGAACAGAUAAAUAUAUAGAUUUCUCUGAUGUUCCAAAACCAGGUGGACAAAUUCCUAGUAAAGAAGUAAAGGCUGUUAGUUCUGUGAUUCAGCCUGUUCAUAAAUUCAAGAGCAUUGAAAGUCUUAUAAGUGACAAAUGUGAAAUUGAAAGUAAGGAAGACAAGAAAGUAAAGCAGCUUCUAACAGUUCCGCAAAAUACAGAAUUAGAAUCUGCACAGGACACCAAGUUGCACAUUGAGGUUGGUGACAAAUCACUUGCACUUGCAGAAAAGGAUUCAUCAAAAAUUACAAACUCUCCUAGGACAACUACACCAAUAACAAAGCUUGCAGAUACUGAAAGAGGAAGAUCAACAAGUUCAGAACUUCCACAUGCAGCAUCAGAAUACACAGAUCUAAAAGUAACUGCAGAUAUCUUUAAGGUAGAAGAAAAGUCUGCUUUCAUUGAAAAAGAAACUGUUGAUAUUGAUAAGAAUAUAACUUGUAACAAAGAGUCUUCAAUAUCUAUUUCAACAUCUGAAGAUACAAGAACUAGUGUUGAGCAGCUAGCCCUUUCUUCAGAAAAGAUAACUGGAGACCAAAGGACCUCUCCAGUAUUGUUCAAGGAUACCCAGUCAUUGGUGAAGCAGCCUCAUUCACUGCAUAGUAACGUAGUCAACAAGGAUUUCAUUGUUGCAUCAGCUCCAUCCUCUGAAGAUGCACAUGUGGUAAAGACUGAAUCCAGUGUUAUAUCUGAAUUUACAAAAACAAAAAAACUAGAGGAAAAAGCUGAAUCUUCAGCUGAAUCAAAAUCAUUUGAGUGUCUUACAGAAAGUGAAGUUAAUUUUGAAUCAAAAAGUAAAACAAAACUUGAAUUAAAUCCAGAAUCAAAAGAUUUUGCAUCAAAAUCUGAAUUAGCUACUAGUUCAGAGGACACACAUGCUCAGAAAAAAGUUGAGUCAAGAAGAGAUCCUGCUUCUGAAUUAAAAUCAAAGGAGGCAAGUGAAAAAGUAUUUUUAGAAUUCAAAACAAAAGAGGACUUGAAUUUGAAGAAAGAUUAUAAUCUUGAAGUUGAAAAUCCUGUUUCUAGUAAGGCAAAGAAUGAGACAGAUAGUGUUUUAGGUGGCACACAGUUGAGCACUGGCACACUUGAUCAUAAGAUUUGUUCACCAUAUAAGAAUCCAACAGAAAGUGCUGCUGACAGUAUUAAGUUCAUUGAGCAUCAAGUUGGUGUAUUGUCAGUUUUGAAAGGAAAAACUUCAAAGAAUCAAGGUAGCAGUUUAUCAGAGGUCCAGGGUGAUGUUAAACAUACUUCAAAGGAUAAUAGUAAUGCCCAAAAAGUAAUUGGAAAAGAACACAGAGUUGAAGUCAAGGAAGAUCAAACAGAUCCUCAAGCAAGAGAAUCAUUAGCAGAGUCUGAUUCGAGGAUUGUUUAUGAGUCAUCUGCUAGCAGUUCAACAAGCUCUAGUGCACCAUUAGUUAGUGAAGGUAGUUCACAGAAACCAGCAGCUGGUGAAAUUUGUUCUAAAGUAGAAGUUGCUUCAGAUCUUAAUCUCGCAUCUCUCAAGGCAGAAGUUCAUAUUUCAUGUGCACCUACUGCAAUUCCCUUUAUAAUACAAAAGACUGAAACCAGUCCCAAUACAAGUCCUGGAUUUGAAAGGGAAAAAAGUUUGUUAUUCAUUGAAACCAGCAAGGCUGAAGUCAGUUCUGUGAAGAGAACAGCUGCAUUAAAGGAGCAGAAAUUGGAGUCCACAUCAAAAUCAUUAAAACAGGAAAGUGGUACAGUAAGUACCACCAAGACAAACACUGUAGCAGAAAGUUUCCUAAAAAGUGAAGGGGAUCUCUUUAGUACAGAUGAAGAAAGGAUUGUAGAUUGUACUGAAAGAAGAAAUAUUAAGGUAGAGUCUACUGAAAGUUCCAGGGUAUCUAGUUCACAGAUUACAGACACUACUGAUAUCAAAACACACACUGUAUCUCUACUGAAGGAUCAAGUUGACCUUGCAGAUAUAAACACCACCAGGACUGAAGAACAUUUUGUGACAAGAAACAUCACCAAAACUGAAACUGAUGCAACAGAAAACUUUCCAGGAAAUGAAGCUAGUGUAGGCAUUACCAAAACUGAAACAGGUACCUCACAAAGUUCUUCAAAAAGUGAAGCCUCCUGUACUGCUUCUGUCAAUAAAAGUGAAACAAAUAUUAUAUCAAGUUCCAAGAAUGAAACUUGUUCUUUGAAUGUUGACAUUUUCAAAGUAAAUACCACAAGUACUUCAAAGAGUGAAGUUUGUCUUGCUGGUAUAGACAUAAAAACUGAAACAAACAUCAUACCUACUUCUUCAACAAGUGAAAUCAGCAAUACUUGCAAAAAUACCACCCAUACUGAAACAGGUAUCACACAGAGUUAUUCUGAGAGUGAAACUUGUUCAGCUGGCAGAGGCAUAACCAAGACUGAACCAACAACUAUACUGAGUGGUUCUUCUGAGAGUGAAGUUUGUGAUUCUGAUAUUAAAAAUGGGACCAAGACUGUAAAAGAUACUGCACCAAGUUCUGAGUGUGUACUUUGUCCUUUGAGUACUAACACCCCUGGGACUGAAGCAAUCAGCAUACAACAUCCCACAAAAGUUGGUCAAAUUGGGACAGACAUCACCAAGACUGAAAGAAGUACCACGCCAAGUAGUUCUAAGAAUUCAUUACUUUCUGCAAAUUCAGAUACCACAGGAAAGGAAAUAAAUACCACACAAAAUUUUCCAAAGAUUGAAGGUCUUGUGAGUACAAACUCUGCACAUAGUUCUUCCAAAACUGAAGUUUUCUCUCCUGCAACAGGUACUACUGAAAGUAAAACAAAUACAACUGCCACUAAAGUUUGUACUAUAAGCACAGACACAGCCAAGGAUCCCAGCUUGAUACACAGUUCUUCAAGAAGUGGACAUAGUUUUCCUAGUACAGACAUCACCAAAGUUGAAACUGAUACAAUACAAAGUUCUCCUAAAAGUGAAAUUUGCCCCACUGCCACAGUCAUUACAGAGGCUGAAGCAAAUACCACACCAAGUUGUCCGGAGAAAGAGAUCAGCCUUGUGAGUACAGACACUGACAAGACAAAGGGUGAAAAUUGUUCUUCAGACACAGAUAUUAAGAGUGUGAGAAGCACCACUGCUAGCAAUUACAGCAGUGGUGUUUGUCUUUUUAGUCAAGACCUUGUAAAGAAAGCAGAGGCUUCAAUAAGUACUCUUGAGUAUUCUACUGAGGACACUAAGAUAGAAACAAGUACCACACCCAGUUUGGCUAAGAGUGAGGUUCACUCUCUUAAAACAGAUAUUACCAAGGCAGAAAUAAGUGCUACACCAGGUGAGGAAGGAGAAAGUUCUGCAAGUACAGGGAUCACCAAGACCAAGGAUAAUAAUAUACCAAGUUCUCCUAAGGGUGAGACUUCUCUUCUUGGUACAAUCACUGCAAAAAGAGAAGUUUCUCUGACCAAAACAAAUACUACUAAGGAAAAAGUUUGUCUUGUUGAUACAUUUACUUCCAGGACUGAGAGUGGAAUUCCUGAAAGUUCUGCUAAGGGUGAAGGUCAUUCCCAAAUUGCAUUGACAACCAAGACUGAAAUCUUUCCUACCAUUGGGGAAACUAAUAUUAAUGAAGGAUCAUCUAAUAUCUCUGACAACUUAAAGCAGGGUGUACUUCCAGGAUCUUCAAAUUUGAAGCUGCAACUUAGAGCUUCAGCUGAAAUUCACCCAGUUUCCUCUUCAAAGUCCUCAGAAAUUACAGACAGCAGCACUUCAGUUCAAGGUAGACUUGUUUCUGAGCAUUCACUUGUCACUGUUAAUGAAAGGCCAGAUCAAGCUAAAGAAAAGAGUGAUUUGACAGAAUCUAACAUUGCCAAAGUAAAGGUUGAUCCACCCAGCAAAUUGAACACAGAUAUUGGACAAGUUGAAGUCUCAAGUCAAGUGUACUGUGAGAAAUCAGACAGUGCAAAAGGCAUAGUAAAUAAACUAUUUGGGAGUUGCAAAGAACCCACAGAGGACAAAGAUUCAGGAAAGCACAACAGUGCUGCAAAUACAAACAAAUCUCCACCAGCAGGUGAGGUAACAACUGAUAUAUCCCAACCUGAAAAAGUUACUAAGGAUCAUACUUGUUCUUCAGACACACUAACCAAAGAAAGCACAGAAGACAGCACAACUUCAACAAAUUUUGAAGACACAGAAGUCAAGGAUCAACAGCAGCAAAAAACAUCAAACAUUCAGCAGAGUUCUCCUGUUAGAACACCAGAGACAUCUGCAUCACCAGAAGUAAAGGAAUCAAGUGAUAGUCAAGAGAAAGAAGUAUCCGAUCAAGAAACGUCAGAUACUGACAGUUCUUCCAGUUCUGAUUUACUUAUAAAGAUGGGUCGCCGCAGAAAGACACAAGCUGGAGCAGCUGAAGAAGACAAGGACAUUGUGACUUUGCCAAGCUCACAAAGAAAUCAGAAAUCUAAGGAGGUAACAGAUGAAAAUAGCACUGAUGGUAUGGAGGAAGGGGAGACCAGCACAAGAGUCUCUCAGAGAACCACACGAGGACGAUCUAAAAGGGAGAGCAGUAAUGGAGAUGUAGAUCAAGAAGAGACCAUGAGCACAAGGCGUCAAAGGAGAAGUUCCCGCAGUGCCAGCGUAGAACAAGAAGAGUCAGUGAGCACGAGGCGCCUAAGGAGAAGUUCUCGCAGUGCCAGUGUAGAACAAGAUAAAAUCUUAGGAGCAGAGGUCAGUAGAUCAAGAACACGUAGAAGCUCUGCUCAAUGUGCUGUGGAAGAGGAUGCAGAGAUAGAAUCUGAGAAACGCCAGGUGAGAAACAUCAGCACACAAGAUGACAGCUCAGACACAGAAAUCCCUCAGAAAAGAGUCCGCAGGUCCCAUAGACAUAGUGCCGAUUCUGAAGAGUCUGAAGAGGAAAGUAAGGUGGUGGAUAAAACAACACCAAAAGGAAGAAAACUUGAGAGCAUUGAGGAAUUAAAUGAAAGUCAACAUGAUACUCCUAAAAAGCCAAAAGAUUGUGAAAAACAAGAUAAGAUUGACAAUAAAAGUGGUGAUGCUAGUGAGGAAACUUCAAACAGAAGCCCUUCAAGUGAUACAGAGGAAUCAGGACAAAAGGAAAAGAAUGAGACUUCUGACAAAGAGGAAUUGCUUGAGAAACAUAGGCAACAUACAGAUACUGACAAGACUAGCACAAAAGGUGAUGAUGACACCAGUGCUCAGAUGAAAACUGAGGUAGAGUUCAAGAAAGAUAGGAAAGAACUCUCAGCCCCAUUGAAACUGCAGCGCAAUGAAGUUAGGCUGGCAUCCACUGAGGAUGACAGGCAAUUACUAUCGAGAUCUCGGUCAAGUUCCUCUAGGUCUCCUUCUCCAAAGAGCACAAAACAUCCUGAAAUCCCAUCAAAGUCUAAGAAGGAAGCUAGGAUUAGCAAUAGUGAAAAGCCUGACCAAAAUAAGAUGCAAGAAAAACAGCUGGAGUCAACUGAUAGCAGAAGUCCCUGUGAGGAAUCAAAGAAGACAAGCCAUCGACCCAAAUUAAUGAGAAAUGAGGUUAAAGUUGCACAGAGUUCACCUGAAAAAUCUGAACGAAGUAGGAAACACAGCUUCCAUUCAAGUGAAAGUUCAUCAGAUGAGUCUUCAAGGUCUCCCACUCCCAAGAAACGUAAAAAGAGGCACUCCUCAUCUUCAAGUUCCUCUAGCAGCUCGUCAAGAUCUAGGUCACGACACUCCCGGAAGAGGUAUGAGAAGCAUUCAAGUUCUGAUCACAGGAAUGAUUCUGGCUUAGCGGAUCAGCAUCCUGUAACAAAGUCAGCUGAAAGUUGCAUAUCUAAAGAAGAUGAGGAGAAUGAGAAGACAAAACAUAGACCCGUAAAUUUCCCUGGUAGUGGAAAGAAAAAUCGCCACUCAUACUCGCGUUCAAAAUCUCCAGAUGAGAAAGUCUCAAAAGAUGAAGAACCUGAUGUACAGCAUGAUGGCACUUCAGGUGAAGACAUGAAGAGGGAAACGUACAGUGAGAAUAAACAGCAGCUUGAGGAAGAGGAAAUUAAAGAGCAUGCAGUUACUAUUGACUAUUCUUCAUUCAAAUCAGUCCGAAAAGUUAGCUUAUCUAGAGGAAAGUCUCGUGAAGAGGAGGAUACUGAAAAGCCUAAGAAGAAGAAAUGGGGAAGUUCAUCAAAAAAACCAUCUGUUGAUAUCUCCUCAGCUUCUUUGAAGACCAUAAUUCCUGAUGUGAAGCCACUGUCUGCCUCUGAGGUUCAUAUGGGAGAAGACUCAGCUCCAGAGAGUGGAGAGGCUAGUGACCUGGAGGGUCCCACCCCUCCACCAGCAGUGUUCCAAGUGACAACACUCAAUGAAGAGAAGGAUGACAAGGAAAAGGUAGAAAAUAAGCCAAGGCGUGAAGUAAGGGAAGUGGCAUCACCAGUCCCAGUAAAGCAAAAGAAGCACUCUCCAAGUCCUGAAGAAAAGAGGAGCCGGAAAAUUCAUCUCUUCGAAGGACCUGUUCCCAGCACGAAACCAGCAAUUGCUCCAUCUCGCAACCCACCAUCCCGAGUGGUGUACAUACAGAACUUGGUGCGGCCCUUCACCAUUAACCAGUUACGAGAACUACUGCAACGUACUGGGCGGCUUACUGAAAAUGGCUUCUGGAUAGACAACAUCAAGUCUAAGUGUCUUGCCAUGUAUGAAACAGAAGAUCAGGCCCUGGAGACCAGAAUGGCCCUUCAUGGUGUACGUUGGCCUGUCUCAAACCCCAAAAAUUUAUUUGUUGACUUCUCUACUGAGACUGAGAUGAAGAAAAGGAUGGCAGACUUUGCUCCACCGCCUCAAAAAACCAUAGAAGAUCGCAGGGAUGAAAGGUGGAAGCGUGAGGGACCUGUGCGAGAAUGGGAUCUUGCCAAGAUUGGAGAACGUUCACCCGGGGAGAAAGAGCGGGAAAGAGAAAGACUCCGCAGAGAGAGAGAAGAGGAGAGGCUGAGAGAGCACAACAAACCUAGAAGCCCAGGAAGAGAACAAGAAAAGAAACCAGAAGAACCUCCUGCAAAACUGUUAGAUGAUCUCUUCCGUAAAACAAAAGCUCAGCCUGCAAUAUACUGGCUCCCAUUGACUGCUGAACAGAUUAUGGAGAAGGAGGCUCUGCGUCGUCAAAAGAUGGCAGAAAUAGAACGCAGACAAGCAGAAAUGAAAGCAGCAAGAGAAAAAGAACAGGUGGAAUGGGAGAGAGUCAGAGCAGAACGUAGAAAGGAGCGAGAAAGGGAGCGUGAGCGAGAGAAGGAAAAAGAGAGAGAGAGGGAGAGGGAGAAGAAUGCACGCAAGUCAAGGUCUCGGUCAAGAUCACGCAGGAGGAGUAGAUCGCCAAGGAGAUCACCCAGAAGAUCUCCGCGGCGAUCACCAAGGUCAUCAAUCAAGAGAUCUCCUAAAAGGUCUCCAGGGAAAUCUCCACGGAGGUCACCACAGAGGUCACGGCGAUCUCAGAGCCGAGAUUCUCACAAGAGGCGAAGCAGGAGUAGAUCUCGGUCACGCAGCUGAUCUCAUCAACGUAGUAGUAAAAAGAGGGGAGCUGAUGCUUGACCUAAAGCAGGGCAAAGAGAAAAGACUAUCCUCAGACAGUGAAUAGUGGCAUACUGUCACAUGUCAAGGCAAAAAGUGAAUGAUUAAAAAAAUAAAGGCAGAGUCCAGAAAAAGAAGCAACCAGGACUUCAGCUACAGCAAACUGGCCCCUCAACACCACCAAGGUUACUACUACUGUUCCUGCCCACUUCUUGCUUCUUAUCUUUCUCUCUUGCUCUUGUACUUUUUCAAGUCUGUUUAAUUUGUAUAUAGAUUUCCUUUUUCAGGCAUGUCCACUCAGUGCUCUUCUGAUUGGAUUAUGAGGUCAUAAAAUAUAAUUUAGAUGUGGUAAGAAAAGGGUUCAUUUAUUAAUUUUUUUAUUUAUUUAUUUAUUUAUUUUUAUUUAUUUAUUUAUUUAUUAUUUUUUUUUUUUUAGGAUAGGUGAGGCUUACUUUUGUUUUAUUUAUAUAUCAGAAGAGCAUUGGGUGGUAAGGAAAGUGUUGUUGGAGAGUGAGGAGUGAAGCACCACACCAUUUGGCCAGACAACUACGAUGAUUCUCCGGAACUACGAUGAUCAUCUAUAGAGAACGCCGGUUUUAACAUGCUUCCACAUGGAAAUGCUCGUCUACAGAAAUUACAUGUGUGAUACUGGCUGUAUAUGCCUUCCUAACAUGCAAAUCUGAAACAUGCAAAUUAUAAAUUUUUGAAGAUAUGAUAGAAAUGUCUUCAAUUAUACACUUAAAAGUGAUUUGAUUUAAGUUUGUACCUGUACACACGUUUUAUAUAUAUAUAUGUAGUCUAAGCAAAUGUGGUAUACCAGACUAAUGACAGUACACUACAUCUUUGUAUGUAAAAAUGGGGAAGAAAUACCCCUAUCUAUUGCAAGUGUGACUGCUCACGGAUGUGAGGAUUUUUUUUUUUUUUAAUUUUUUUUUUUAUAUAUAUAUACUAUUAUUAUUUUAACAUGGGUUUGUUGACAUUACUGCACCUGUAUAUAGUAGAAAAUAAAAUCUGGGCAGGAUUCAGAUUUGGGAUAAAAAUUUGUAUAAUGCAGCAAUUAAAAAAAAAUUACUGCAGUGUACAGGAUCUUAUUUCUUCAUCCCAGAGUAUGAGUACAAAAUUUGUACAUUAUCAUUUGUAAAGCUCCCAGUUGUGUUGGGCAAUAUAUUUAAGGCAGAUGUGUUAGAGUUUCAAUCAUAUUUCCAAUAAUGAAGAAAUGUAAACACAGUGAUUGGAGCUACUUAGUAUUUGAUGUUAAAACUAAUGAUUUUAUUAUGCACUAGGACUGAUCAGUUGUCAUUGUUUUAUUUCUGGGUGACUUUAUAACCAAGUCAAUAAAAAAAAAAAAACACCCAAGAUGGAUUUUCUCUAAACAUUAAAAUGCCACAUGAAUAUGUGCUACAAAGUCAUGUCUAUUUUGAAAAAAAAAAAAAAAAAAACGGAAAAAAAAGAGGACGUUGGUCAUGGAUGUGAAUAAGAAAAUUAAUGCAUCAAGUUGGGAAGAAAGGGCACUAAGUGGAGCCAGAACAGAAAGCACAUGAGAUUACAGAAUUGAUAAGGUUGAUAUUAAUGAAACAAUGAGAACAGCCCAGCACCAAUAUGUGAAAUGGGUGGGAACCAUGGGCAGUGGUAAGGACUGGAUUUUUUUUUUCCCUCAAAGGGGGGAGGGUUGAGGUAAUAAAGGACAUCACGUGAAGUGUCAGAUUGGGGAGUAAGGAAAGAACAAUGACCAAGCACAGAAGAUGCAAGCUAAGAAUGAUCGAUCAAGACAGUUACAGUUUUGCAGUCAGCAUCCCAAGACAUGGGGAGAUUCAUAAAAAGCAGAGAAUGGAUAAAACAUGCACCCACCAAGUAGAGAGAAACGAGUCAGAAGAAUCGUAUUGCAUAGGGAAAUAUUGAAAGUGGAUGGAAAAAGACACUACAGGGAAUAAGGAAAGGACUUUGCAGGAAAGAAACUGAAGCCAUGGCCAGUGGCCUAAACAGAAGUGGCAGAUUGGAAGAGAUCAUGUAGAGUGGAGAAAGAAAAGCUGAAGCUGACAUGGACAAGUUAUCUGGAUGGAGCAAGAGGCCACACAACAAUAUUCAUUACUUAAUUUUCUCUUACUGUAUAUUAAAUGAAGUUUUUGUAAAUGGAAGGAUCAGGAGUGAUUUUUAAGGGUAUGCACCACUGUAGAAGAGGGGAUAAAGGAUUUUAGAGGGUGCACCAAUUAUUCAUGGAAUUCCAACAUUCACAGAUGUUUAUUACCUAAACUCAGCAAAUGUUGAGGACUGAUUAUACUGUAAAAGUCCAUUGAUAGUUUGCAAGGAUCCAGCCUCAUGUUGGCUAACUGAAAAAACCUGGGAAUCUGAUGGUAUUACAUAUAUGACAUUUAAAUGACACUAGUCAUGUCAGGACUACCAGCACCAGUUAAUAAUGGUACUGGUACUCCCAAUGUUGUAUAUGUAAUAAUAUCAAAUGCAAAAAGUAAUCAUGAUCUGUUUUUGUCUUCUUUCACAGUUAUGUGCACACAGAUAAAUUUAUCUAUGUAAAAGUAGUAUUUCGUAAAUCCAAAUGUGUCACAAAACCAGUAAUAAGCACAAAUGUAAAAAACAAAACAAAACAAAGGAAUAUUAUAGUCAUAAGUAUCAUAUUCAUCAAUCAUUGCUGGAAUGCACACUGGCAUUGUAAAAGGCCACAAGGAAUCUUGCAUUUUCUUGUACUCCUUGUACACAGAAAUGUGUCAACCUGCAUAUCAAAAUAAAGCUGACAAAUUUUCA